AUGGCGGUGGCGGCGGCGGUGGGAGUGGGCGCUGGCGCCGGGGGCCCAGGAGCCGCGGGCGGCAGCGGUGGGGCGCGCGAGGGCGCGCGGGUGGCGGCGCUGUGCCUGCUGUGGUACGCGCUGAGCGCGGGCGGCAAUGUGGUCAACAAGGUGAUCCUGAGCGCCUUCCCGUUCCCCGUGACCGUGUCGCUGUGCCACAUCCUGGCGUUGUGCGCCGGGCUCCCGCCUCUGCUCCGCGCCUGGCGCGUGCCCCCGGCGCCGCCAGUCUCGGGCCCUGGGCCCGGUCCGCAUCAGUCGCCGGGCCCGCUCCUGCCGCCGCGCUUCUACCCGCGCUACGUGCUGCCGCUCGCCUUCGGCAAGUACUUCGCGUCAGUGUCCGCGCACGUCAGCAUCUGGAAGGUGCCCGUGUCCUACGCGCACACCGUCAAGGCCACCAUGCCCAUCUGGGUGGUCCUCCUGUCCCGGAUCAUCAUGAAGGAGAAACAGAGCACCAAGGUGUACCUGUCACUCAUCCCCAUCAUCAGCGGCGUCCUGCUGGCCACUGUCACGGAGCUGUCCUUCGACAUGUGGGGGCUUGUCAGUGCCCUUGCUGCCACACUGUGCUUCUCGCUUCAGAAUAUUUUCUCCAAAAAGGUAUUAAGAGAUUCAAGGAUCCACCAUCUCCGGCUGCUGAACAUCUUGGGCUGCCAUGCCGUCUUUUUUAUGAUCCCCACGUGGGUCCUGGUGGACCUCUCGGCUUUCCUGGUCAGCAGCGACCUGACCUAUGUGUCCCAGUGGCCUUGGACGCUUCUGCUCCUGGCUGUCAGCGGCUUCUGUAACUUUGCCCAGAACGUCAUUGCCUUCAGCAUCCUCAACCUCAUCAGCCCUCUGAGCUACUCGGUCGCCAACGCCACCAAGAGAAUCAUGGUCAUCACGGUGUCCCUGAUCAUGCUGCGAAACCCAGUCACCAGCACCAACGUCCUGGGCAUGAUGACGGCCAUCCUGGGAGUCUUUCUGUACAACAAGACCAAGUAUGACGCGAAUCAGCAAGCCCGGAAGCACCUCCUCCCCGUCACGGCGGGGGACCUGAGCAGUAAGGAGCAUCAUCGGAGCGCCCUGGAGAAGCCCCACAACGGCAUUCUCUUCCCCCAGCACGGGGACUAUCAGUACGGCCGCAACAACAUCUUGACAGAUCACUUCCAGUACAGCCGGCAGAGCUACCCAAACUCGUACACUUUGAACCGUUACGACGUGUAGAGUCUAGCGACCAGGGCAGGACGUUCUGCCAAUCCUCCCUCCUACCCCCCAGCAGUACCAGAAACUUCUGACAACCAGUGAAUGUACAACCCGGCCGAGGGGGGACGGUGCAGAACCAUCAGAAGACCCUGGGGUUCCCGGCCCCCUGGGGGCAGCAGUGGGGACCACUGCCCCCGAGCUCCGGUGUUUCAUGCCCUUUCUUCCUGGAGUCUUCUGAGGGCUGUGUCGCCAUGUGGAAAUCUCGGCCGGCUUUUACCUUUCUGUGUGGACUUACUCCCCAAGUCAUGUUUUUCAGAGUUCUCGUUCUGUUUUCCAGAUAACAGCCAGGACCCUCUCUGGAAAGGACACAGACCUCGGAGUGGGCAAGAGGUGGUUUGCAGGGAGGGUGGCAAGGAAAGGACCCUAGGGUGGUGCUUGGUGACAGACUAGCCGCUUUAAUUCCACUGCUCAGGUAGGCGUAGGACUGGUGCAGCCAUGGAGCAGAGGAGUGUAACGGUUAUUGAAAACAUCUCCAGCCCCAGAGAUGGACUCAGCUUUCUGGUCAGCCCCAUGGCUGUUUGCAGUUCUGGCAAACGUUCCCCAGUGCAAAGCUAUUGUAAUUAGCAUUGAAUUCUUAGAGCCUAAUUCUGACCCAAAAGUCGGAGGUGGCGUGUGCCCGGAUCCAGAGGGAAAGGGGGCCGCUGUCUCCUGGGCUCCCUCUUCCCUUGCUGGAGCGGGGCAUCUCUCCUCUCGGAGCAGCAAGGAGGAGGGGAUGCAGGGCUGUGAGAAGGAUCAUGAGGAAAUCAUGUUCAGUGUUUCAAUCUCUAUUUCUAUAAUAUUUGUUUUGUCUUUUGAGCCUUCACCACUUCUGUGCUGACUUAGUAGGAUGUUUGGUUGGGUGAUGUUGGCUUUAUGAGGAUCUUGCAUUUUUCUAGGGCAAAUUUUGUAGCUGUCUGUGUUUUUAUGCCCCCAUCCCCCUUAGGGGACGCAGGAUGGAUGAGGAUCGGCUUAUGGUUGGAAAACCCUUUUGUUUUUAAGCAUUUAAAAACAAGAAAAGUUGCUGGCCAUGCCUGUCUCGGCACAUUUCUGCGUUUAGUAGGAAGGAAUGAAGUGUUUUGAAAAGCUGGUCACUAGCUUUUCUAGUGACCAGUCCCUGAAAGUGAGAUGAAUCAAGAAUGUCAUCUCGAUAGUUUGUGUCAUAGAUGAGAGCUCAGUGCUCUGAUUUCCAUUAGCUGUUCUUGUGGUGUUUGCAUUAGGAUCUGAACCAUGUCCCAGUGAAGGGGCAAGCACCAAGCUAGGAUUUGGUUUGCCAAAUCAGUCUUUGGUCAAGAAAAAGUUUGGGUUUUGGCAAAAUCACUCCAGGAAAAUUAUGUGACCCUAGUGGGUAACCCAUGUGCUGAGGUCCAGGUCAGGACACCUGGCAUCACGAGAGACUGUGCCCUCGGAAAGGACCACUUGCUUGGCUGGUAGGGUCUUCGCUGAUGGCCGCCUUCUUCCUUCAGCCCUGUCCCCAGCCUGUUGAACAGGCACUUGGCUUGAUCAGCAGAUGGGAUAUCGGGUCACCCUUUACCUCCUGGCAUGUGAGACGGUUCUGUUUCACCAGGAAGUACCGCUUGACUCCUGUUUUUGAUAAUUAGAAUUCUGUAUUUAGAGGUUACAUUUUUGUCAGCUUAUGAAUGAGCGGCUCCUGGAGAGGUCACAGGGUCCCCUUGUGGCCUGUGAGUUCAGUACCAUUGGCCUAAGGAGUCCCUGUUUGUCGUUGUCUUGCUUUUGAAUUACUUUGGCCACAAGUUCUGAGACAAUGCUGUGUAAAACAGGAAGGGGCCGUUCUGAAGGGUGUUAUUUGUGAAAACAACUUGCUGAGUGCCUUCACCAGAGGCAGUAGAGUCUGCAGUUGAACCACAAUAAAUGGGGAUAAUUUUGCACGGCA